CAUUAUGUCAAUAACAAGCUAGGAAAUGGGAGCAAGUCACGUUAUUCCAACAGUAUCAAAAGAAGUUACGCGGUGUCUAAAUGGAUAUGAAUGUAUGUACGUCCUGCUGUUUGGGGAGCUUGUGCUACGAUCUACUCCAUAUGGAUUUCUAAUAUUCAAUAUGGGGCUUUAACCUCAGCAACAUUAACUUACCUUAUUUGAAAUGAAGCCAAGAACUGUUUCAAGGUCUUCCAGGUCUAAGUCACAAGAUUCUAAGCUCGAUGACAACGGUCCUAAAAAAACUAAAGAAAAACAUCAGAAACGGACGCCUUCUUCUAUCAGAUCUUUAACUGGAAAGAUUUUCUACUUGGAUUUACCCUCGAACAAACGAAGCACAAGACUUGAAAAUGACAUCCAAACGCUUGGAGGGACGGUUGAGAAGUUCUUCAGCAAAGACAUUAGGUAUCUGGUCAGCAGCAAACCUGAGGCUCGCUAUGUGCACCGACUGGUGCGGGAGUCUCCAGUCCCCAGCCCGGAGUCGAUGCUCAGCUCCCCUCGCCCCAGCAGCAGCAAGGAGGGACACAGGAGCAGCUCCCAGGGACCCACAGACGCAGUGCAGGUCAGUCGAGGGAAGAAGCUGGUGGAGAAGGUGAUAAAGGAGCAGGAGCGCAUUCAGAUCAACAAGAUGUUGUCCAAUGCGCUGGAAUGGGGAGUGAAAAUCGUCCACAUAGAAGACAUGAUCGCCUAUAUUGAAAAGAAGAAACCUGCCAUUUCUGCAGAGCAGAAGACAAUCCCUAAUGACAAGAAAACAGCCAAGCCAGCAUGUUAUGGACGGACUUCUCAGAAACACAGUGCUAGCAGAAUCAGUAAGCCUUUUGUGAAAGUGGAGGACUCUAGUAGGCGGUACAGACCCCUCUAUCUGCACAUGGCCCAUAUGCCUGUGUGUAGCUACAACUCGGCUCCCCCUGCCAGCCCUUUCCAAAUAGAGGACAAGAGAAACUCCACACAUGGGCCAGAGGGAAAAGAGCCUGCUGGAAAAAGCAAAUAUCGAGCGCGUGAGAGGAGAGAGAAGAAGAAGGGAGGGUACUGUGAAUGCUGUGGAGUCAAAUAUGACAAACUCCAAGGGCAUCUGAAAGGAGAACAGCACCAGUCGUUUGUGGCCGGAGAUCACUACCAGAAGCUGGACGCCCUCGUGGCACAGUUACCUUGGCCGUUUGCACAAGAGCGACCAACACAGAGGGUGAAGUGCAGUGUGCCCAUCUCCCCCAUUUGUGUGUCGGUCGUCAGUCGAGACCGAACCGAGGAAGCUGGAAGAAGCGAUAAAGGAGGACGUGGAGGACGAGCACAGCGGAGUCCGAGCUUGGGCGCAUCAUGUUCGUCACAGCAAAAGCGAAGCAGGGAAUCCCUCUCUGGAAAGAACAGAGACUCGUCAGAGGAGGCUCUUGAUGUUCCGGAAUCUUCCAGGAGCAAACGGGGCUCCUUCAUGUGGGAGUCCUGCCCCACGCUGUUGAGGGCUCUGGGCGACUCCUCCAUCUUAGACUCGGACAAAGUGGAGGAUGCCGUUGCCACGGAAACGACCUCUGGACCGCAGCAGCGCGUCAAGGGCAGGAAUCUGAGACGCACGUGUCGCAGAAAGAGACGUAGUCCACUUGGUUCUCACACAGGUGAGGAGAAACACGCCGACACUCUUCGGACUGAAGCUGCACCGUGUGAGGAGAUGGUGACCUCAGGUGGGCUGGAGCAGGACUCGCCAGGUCAGUCAGCACGGCACAAAACUGUCCUCGUCACUCGGCAGGACUCUGUACAGGGCAAACCUGUAGACAUCAUGCAUUUGGACAUUUCACAACAGGAGGUCAUACAGGUGAAACCUGUAGCCACCGAAAAGCAGGACUCAUCACGGGGGGACCGUGAAGACCACACACAGCAGGACUUCACAGAGGAGAAACCUCUAGGCACCACACAACAGGAAUCAUUGCUGGUCAAACCUGUAGGCGUUACACAGCAGGAGUCGAUACCUGAGAAAUCUGUAAAGGUCACAGAGCUUCAGCCAUGUCGAACUUUCAAACCUGCUGUCACAAGACGGCAGCAACGGCAGCAACAGCAGCUGCCGCAGCAGCUGCCAGUCAGAUCAAAAAAGAGGCCUGUGGACUCUGUAGACAGCAAGCCAGAACAGACUCAAAAUUCUGCCGAUGUGCCAAACCCCACACCAAACGCACUUCAGGACGCCGCGGAGCAUAGGACCGCUGGAGCCUGUGGCCCCCUGCGGAGGAGAAUCCGGGCUGAAAGGAGCUGGAGGAGAGGCAGGUCCCUCUCUGAUAGGCCUCCACCCCCUGUGCCGCUCGGAACGGAGGAGUCUGAGGACUCUGCCCUGUGGCAACUCUUCCAGGCGAGCGAUGACAUGGAGGAGGACUUUCCAGGAUUUGCUGAAUAAGGAAGGGACGGACAAUAUGCAGGGUGCUGUUGAGCUGGUGGGAGGAAGUGGUCUGUAGAAGACUUGGUCAGUUCCGCAGCUACUUCAAGAGAUUUUUAAUGGAAGAGACAUUUUGACCUGUGUAGGUCCAAAAUCUUUUUUUAUUCUAGUUUUUUUUAAACGACAGGCAAAUUUCACCGGCCUUAACUAAAGGUGUCUGUGCUUGUGCACAUUUUAAUUUUGUUUAUACAUACGUGGAUAUGUAUUCCUAAAUGAAUUCCACAUUAAAUGAGGUCAAAUUCUUUUAAAACAUUGUGUUCUGUUUUGAGGACGUUCAAAAGUGUACAUUAUUACAACCACUCUGCUCGUUUGUGAGAGGGUGUGAAAAUUGGCAAU